AUGAAUAGCCUUUUCCAGCAGCCUUCUCAAGCCAACAACACCCAGUCCCCAGGGACGACCGGCGGUGCUCAGGGGACUGUGCCUGCAAACAGUGCCACCCCCGGGAGCAGCACAAGUGUCUUUGGGAGUUCGGGUUUUGGAGCACAGCCCACUGGAGGCGGUCUAUUUGGAAGUAACACCGCUCAACCAACCUCGAGUGGCGGCGGUAUAUUCGACAGAGGCACGUCUUCCAACGCACCUACUUCUGGAGGGAGUGCUCUUGGCGGAGGAACUGCUUUUAGUGCGCCUGCUUCUGGGGGUAAUUUGUUCGGUAAUGCUAAUCCGGGAACAACAACCACGCCAUCCACGGGGGGUAGCUUCUUUAAUUUGACAAAUCCGAAUCCAAAUUCGCAAUUGGGCACCAGUCUUUUUGGUACAGCUAAUCAGGCCACGUCUUCAAACACUGGAAAUGGCCUCUUUGGAACGCCAAAACCGGCACCAACCUCCACGACUCCGAACGCUGGCACCGGUAUUUUCGGUGGUGCAGGCGCUACGACAACUCCUGCCGCUGGUGCAAGUAAUGGACUAUUCGGAGCUACAGCUAAGCCUACAGGUGGGGGUAGUUUGUUCGGAACCACAGGGUCGUCAACACCAGCUACCGGUGGUGGACUAUUUAACACCACCAAUACUACUACUUCAGCCACUGGUGGAAAUCUCUUUGGCGGCCUAGGGACUGGUGCAAAUUCCGCGGGAACGAAUGCUACGAGUAAUACUACUACAUCUGCCCCCGCGAACACCACUGCGGUGGGAGGAGGUAUAUUCAGCUCAAAACCUGCAGACUUAUCAAGUUCGACGGCACCAAAACCUGCAGGCUCAGGGACAUUCGGCCAGCCGAGUUCCACUGGUACAUCUACAGCCGCAGCUCCUUCUGGCGGACUUUUUGGGUCAUUAGCUCCCAAACCUGCGGAAGCAUCUACCUCAACAACCACAACGGCGCCGACGGCGCCAGGGGGCUUGUUCAGUGGUGGCCUCUUUGGAAAUAAGCCAAACACGACUCCAUCAUCAACACUCGGUAGUACUACCCCAGCAGCUCCAACGCUGCCCGCUUUUACUCUCGGGGGCGGAGCGGCAAAGGAUGCUUUGUCAUCGAAAGAGCCCGGAAAACCCUCAGAUAGUUCGGCGUCGAAAGAUGCGAGCUCGGCUAUACCGAAUUUCUUUGCGAAGAAACCAGAAGAGAAGAAAGAUACUCCUGCUGCUCCGUCUUCCACGUCUACAUUUAGUCUAUUCGGAGGAACGAAGGAUAGCAAAGACAAGGAACAAGAUAGUGGAGCUGCUACGACAGAGAAAAAGGAUGCACCGCUCCCUACGUUUUCUCUGGGUCCAAGCUCGGCACCGAAAGAAAGCGACAAAGCGACGCCCGCUACCAACGCUGGCGCGACAUCCGCCUCUGCACCGAAUACAAACACUGCAUCAAUCUCCGUUCCUCCCCCAUCCGUGUUGCGCGGAAAGACGAUCGAAGAGAUUGUUAAUAAAUGGUCGUCGGAGCUAGAUACACACACGCGAGAAUUCGCCAAGUUUGCUGGUGAAGUUGCGGUCUGGGACCGUGCAUUGAUUGAGAACGGCAAUAACCUCGCCGCGCUAUAUGCGUAUGUGCUGGCCGCAGAACAGGAGCAGAACGAUAUUGAUCAAUCGCUUGAUCAUAUCGAGCAGCAGCAAAAAGAGCUCGUGGCCACGCUGGAGGCCUAUGAACGAUCGACAGAGGAGAUCCUCGGUAGUCAAGGAGGCAACUUGCGUGCGCUGGACACUGGACCGGCUGACACCGAGCGUGACAAAAACUAUACAUUGGCCACUGAGUUGCACGGUCAUCUCGACGAUCUAUCUGGGUCGCUCACGCAAAUGAUCGACGCCGUGAACGCCCUCGCACUCCCAUCAGACAGUACAGUUCAGGACGGUGGAGAGGAUGCUAUGGGUCAAAUAGCGCAGAUACUAAACAGUCACCUGGAAAGUCUGCUGUGGAUCGAUGGCGCAGUCGGCGAAGUGGAAAGCAAGAUCAACGACGUCGAGAAGCGCGUGCGCCUUGCGGGUGAUGGAAUGGGCCAAGGAACGAAAUCCAGAGGCUAUGGUCUUGGUUCUGGGAUCUGA